AUUUUAACGUAGGACAGGAAAUAUGAAAAGAGGUGGGCAGAAGCCAAACAGCCCCGCUGGCCAGGCCGAGCAGCAGGGAGCAAAAACCAAAGGCUUUGCUUGGCUUAUCCAUCCACCCACCCGUGAUUUUCCAGGGCUUUGGAAGCUGCAGCUCCUGCACUAACAGUGGGAUGGGUCGGUUGCAAAAGAUUCUCAUUCCCUUUCUGGGAUUGGUUUUGGCCUUCUGGUUCUAUUCUGCGAGGGACACUUUCAAACCGGAGAUGCUGCGAGGGAAGCGUGUGAUCGUGACGGGAGCCAGCACGGGGAUCGGGGAGCAGAUCGCCUAUCACCUGGCACGGAUGGGAUCCCACGUCCUGCUCACCGCCCGCACCGAGGCCAAGCUGCAGAACGUGGUGCGGAGGUGCCUGGAGCUGGGAGCAGCCUCGGCGCGGUUCGUCAGCGGCACCAUGGAGGACACGGCCUUCGCCCAGCACGUGGUGAGGGAGGCCCAGACCUCGCUGGGAGGCCUUGACAUGCUGAUCCUGAACCACGUCGGUGCAUCCUACUUUGGCUUUUUUGAUGGGGACGUUGAGCACGUCCGAAAGCUCCUGGAAAUCAACUUCCUCAGCUACGUGGCCAUGACCACGUCAGCCCUGCCCAUGCUGAAGGAGAGCGAGGGCAGCAUUGUGGUGGUUUCAUCCAUGGCAGGUAAAGUCGGGUUUCCCUUUACCGUCCCCUACUCUGCGACUAAGUUUGCCCUGGAUGGAUUUUUCAGCUCCCUGAGGCAGGAAUUCACCAUUCAGAACAUUAAUGUUUCCAUCACGCUCUGCAUCCUCGGCUUCAUCGAUACCGAGCGCGCAGUGCGCGCUGCCGCGGAGGUGCUGCGGGAGCGGCCGGCACCGCGGGACGAGUGCGCGCUGGAGAUCCUCAAGGGAGCAGCGCUGCGCCGGAGGGAGCUCUACUACCGCUACAGCUCCACACGGCUGCCGCUGCUGCUGCGGGACUGCGCCGCGGAGCUGCUCGAUUACCUGGUGCGGAGCCGCUACCGCCUGCCCGCGCCCCCCGGCGCCCCCCGCCCGCCGCACUGAGCCGCGGCCACCGCCAGGGUCCCGGGCACCCGCGGUUCUGUCCGGCACCGG